AUGAUUACUGAUAUUCUACCAAGGAGCUCACCUAUACACCAGACACAAUCUGCUCCAGUAUAUUCCAAACUAUCCAAUUCAUUACAUAGUACACCUACGAAGCAAUCUACCAUAUCCCCAUCAUUAGAUCGACCGAUGCCAAUGGACCACCCAAUUCAGGAAGACGAACUUGGUGAUAGCACAACAGAAGUGGACUCAGAAGAAUCAAAUCAAAACAACAGUAGAAACAAAAACCAUCAACAAUUCGAGAGCAUUGCACAUAACAUCAAUGAAACCAUUUCGGAAUUGAAUAUUAUAUAUCAAGAAAUUGGAUACUCGCUACUAGAGACGAAUAACAAAAAGUCGAAAAUCUUUAACACAAUCCAGGAUACAAUCAAAAACUUUGCCAAUAAUUUGAAUCGGGAAAAAUCAAAUAUUGAGAAUGAAUGUGAAUGGUUAAGACAACAGAUACGAAUAAUACUAUCAAUGAUAAAUGAUCCACGGGGAGACAAAUCAUUGGAACUAAUAUGUAAAGGAUUGGUUUUCAAUAAUCAACAACAAUAUGAAGAUGGAUAUCGAGAGCAGAUUCUUAAUAAAAUAACUGCCAUGAGUGAUGAGUUUAAGCUGGGGUCAUUGUCAAUGGAACAACAAUAUGAUUAUAUGAUGAAAAAUAUCCCAAAAUUGUCAUUGAUUGAACAACGCAAUCGAUUAAAUAAGAUAUUUCUACAGGUAUUGAAAAGUUUUGUCAUUACAUUUAAAAAAUUGAAUCAAGUGAAUCUUGACUAUGUUGAAGUAUGUGAUAUAAUUGGAGAUGAAAAUAUUCCUAAAUCUUCAGUAUUAUUGACACUACCUUCCAAACUGGAUGCUGAGUAUCAUAGAUAUGUAAUUGACGAGUUUGAACGGAUCAUUCAAGCAUUGAACUUCUCAGAUAGCAAUCAAAUACCAACUGAUCAUAGAAAAGAAAAGUUUACUGCAUUUGUAUUAGCGAGUCCAGUUAAGAAGAAUCAAGAAAGUAGUGAAUCUGGUAAUGAUGGGUUUGUCAAGCUACGUGAUAUUAAUUACCAGUUGGUUAGAAUAAUCAGAGGGUUGAGAUUCACCAAGAUCACUAAUGAACUCAUCUCAAAUAUCAAAUAUGAAAUUGAGCAAUGUCAAGCAGAAAUAGAAACCCGAAAGUCCACUGUUAUUGGAAUUAUUGAAAAAUGUAUUCAGCUUAUAAAUGUUCUACAAUUGAAUGAUGAUCAGAUUUUACAAUUACAAAAAGAACACAACCCACAUAUUGAGGCAUUGUUAGAUAUGGAAACAUUGAACUUGAUUCUACAAGAACCUCAACAGCUUGGUUUGAAUGAUUCACAUAUUGAAUUUUUGAUUAGUUUCCAAAACAUGUUGCAAGAAACAAUUGACACUAAGCAGGCUCAAUGGGACCAAUAUUCAGCUACAUGUAAAUCCUUAUGGGAAAAACUAGGUGAAAGUGACGAAUACAUCACCAACUUUUUAUCUAAAAAUAACUCGUUGACAGAUCUUUCUUUAUUAAAUUUCAAAAUGGAACUUAAUCGAUUAUAUAUCAAACGGUCAGAAUACAUCGAGAGUUUUAUAUCAGAUGCUCGAACAGAAAUUGAAAAAAUGUGGGACAAGAUGUAUUAUUCUCAAGAUAUGAGGAUGGAUUUUGAAUUUUUCAAUUAUUCAGGCGAAAAUGACGAUAUUGACAAGGAAGUGGUUUUGAGUAAACAUGAAGAAGAAUUGGAGAAUCUAAAGCAAGAAUAUGCACAAAAGAAAAACCUUUUCCAAAUGUAUGAGGAACUUCAAGAAUUAUUGAAAGAUCAACAAUUUCUUAUUGAAUCUUCCAAAGAUUCUUCAAGGUUAUUAAGCAAAAAUUCAUGUAAGAUUCUCCUUAAUGAGGAAAAAAUUAGGAAGAGAAUCAACAAAACUUUACCCAAACUUAUAGACAAUUUGAAAAAGGAAACAAGUCAGUACAAUAAUGAUGCUAUCCAAAUGGGUAAACGUACUUUAUUUAUCAAUGGAGAAGAUUUUUUCGAAAAAAUAUUAUUCAUUGAAUCAGAACAAUUUAAAAUAUCAGGUGGAAGAAGUAAAUCCUCAUCACGGGUUAGUUCAAGACAAGUAUCUCAAUCGAAAACAGUGGCACCGACAAGGCAACCAUCAAGGGGUUCACAUCAACAUAAAUCACCAAUCAAAGUAAUGUCACGACCUGCAAGCAGAUCAAUCAUUAAUAAGAAUCCUUCCCCUGUAUCAAGAACAACUCUGAGAUGGAAUAAGGAAAGGACAUUCAAUAACCCAACCACAAUAAAAUUGAGUAAUGCGAUCAACAGUAGAUUAGAAAAUAACCAUAAUCGUCAUCAACAACUACAUUUACACCAUCAAAACACUUCCAUUUUAAGUGAAGAAAGCCCCGUGCGUGCUUCCCGUGAUAAUUCGGUAUUGGGUAAACCACCAGCAACAAUUCAGCCAUUGAUAUCUCCAUUGAAACCAUUAAAUGUACAUACUGUUGGGAAUACAAACUUAAAUGGAACUCCCCUUUCAAGAACAAAACCCGAAUCCACUAAUGUUUCUUAUGGGAAAGAAAAUUGUUCACCGUUUGAGUUAUCCCCAGUGAAAAUCAGACCUGGUUUUUUCGAUCAUGAUGGGUCAAGAAGGGUUAGUGGAAUUUCAAACGAUACAUCAACAGUAAUUGGAGAAGAUUAUCUUAGUUGGAGAGACGAAAAAAUAAAACAACUCAGAGAUAUAUGA